ACCCGCGCCCGUGCCAUCCCUCAUAUCAUCGUCUCCUUCUGCAUACGUAUUACCUUGCCUCGUUGUGCCUCUCAUCCUCAAAAAUGUCGGUCCACUUGACCCCAAACAACGCAUUGGGCUUUAACAGGCCUUUCACGCAACUCGUUAAGCGCUUUCUGACAGUAACAAACAACAAUGCGCAACCCAUAGCCUUCAAAGUCAAAACAACGGCCCCCAAGCUGUAUUGUGUAAGGCCAAAUUCGGGGAGAAUCGAGCCUGGCGAAAGUGUGGAUGUUUCUGUUAUGCUUCAACCAAUGAAAGAGGAGCCACCGUUGUCGUUGAAGUGCAAGGAUAAAUUUCUCAUUCAGAGCACACUCAUAACCCCUGAAAAGGAGACCAAAGGAUUGCAAGAUAUCUGGAAUGUUACGGAUGCGACAGAAGAGUGGAAAGUAUACCAGCAAAAGCUGCGGGUUGUUUUUCUCCCUCCUGAAGGCCAGACGGUUGAAGAGGAGGAUGAAACCCAGCUUCACCAAAUUCACCAGAUAGCAAAUUUGAGUCAAGGGGAUUCGCAGCGAUACGACACCGUCAGGCAACAUCCCAGCAACGGACAUGUCGUUGAACCUACUCCACAAUACUCAUUCGACGAAGACCGCAUGCCAUCGCAGUCAGAACCCGAACGCCCAAGAACGCCACCAGCUGUGGACUAUACCGUAGCCCGUGAAGAAUCCCAAGAAUCCCAGCCUUACGAGCGCUCAAACAGCGGGGGAGUGGGCGUUGUCAACGUCAAUGUACAUUCUGCUUCACCACCACCCUCACCUCCUACCGCACCUGCACCUCAGGUUGAUCCCGAAUUGGAAGCCAGAUUUGCUGCAGCGCAGGCUGAGAUACAGCGAUUGCGCAGUUUGUUGGCUGCGGUACCUGACCCUAGCUCGAUAGCCCCGGAAUCUACCGUGGCUCCUACAGAGCUCAGGAGAAGAUAUACUUCUGCACUAUCUGAUGAUGGUAGUACAUAUGCUGGAACCGAUACUGGCACCAUGGUAGAUGAGCCCAUCAUACACCAAGAGGGUGUCCCAUUACAGGUGGUUAUUAUCGUCGCGCUAGGCGUGUUCAUCACAACCUAUUUAUUUUUCUGAGUUAUCCAAGCAGACCAUUCUCUACGUUCCUUUCCUUUCCCGAUCUCUCCGGGCGCGUUGAACUAGCACACACGCCUUUAUUGCAUAUUCUGUCUGUGCCCGCUAUGUCUGUUGAUGUGGAUCACCUAGUGGGUUUGCAGCAGGAGCAAAGCCCAUAAUCUCCGUGUCUUUUUUAUGUUGCAGUACAGUCUUGUGCGGUUAAAUAUGAUAGCAAUUCUAUCCGUUUUGUCCAGACUUUUGUCCAUGAUAUUAUUUUUUUGUACUCCAGUACAUAGAUAUAUAUUGAAAUUAACACACUUUGUCACUAUAUUAAUACAAGCAUUAUGAAGACGCUUCGCGC